AAUCUAUAGUUAAGACAGGACAAUGUCUGUCGGGUCAGCUAGUAUGCAAUAAUUGCUAUUUAGAUUCAAACGGUUUAGAUAGAACUUUAUUUAUUUAUACGUAAUAUUUUAUUUUCCAUGUUAUAUAUUAGACUAUAGUCGUACUGAUAAAAAGGAAUGACACGACUAACGAUAUCUAGCAGUAACACGAGCGCUACAAAACUUUGUUAGCAGCGUCACUGGAGUGUAGCUCCGACGCCCAGAGUCGUAAUGCAUUAAUGGAGUUUACGGGUAAAGCUUCAAUUUUCAAAAAGACUAUCUAUCGCACACUACUUUGCUAAAAGAUGGUUUUCGAAGCAAAUUCUCGACGAACAAUAGUUUGCAAGACAUAAUUGACACUGAAAUUCACAGACUUCAAACGUUCGAUCGGUGAUUGACUUCAAACGAUCGAUCGGCGAUUGGUCAGUCGACCAUACUUUGCUUCUGCUGUUAACUUCUCACUUGCUAGCGUCACUGAAGCGAAUUUAUUCACGGCUUUAUUGUCGUUGAAGCUAAAAUGCCGUUGGCUAGAACGUUCAAGCGAGAACUGUAAACGUUGUAAAAACGACGCUUCUAUGCACAGCCGAUGCAAUAUCCAGGGUCAAGAUAUGUAUACGAUUUCAAUGCUAAAAUCUACGAUGUUAAAACGUUUGUGGUACAUAGAAAGUACAAUAAUACUGCUCAGUUUGCCAAUGACAUAGCGUUAUUAUUCGUCGAUGGGCCAAUACAGUUGGGGAAUCUGGCGAAGAAAGCGAUCUUGGUGAAUAACGACGCAUGGAUGUCGCCUAAAGAGAAGAACUUCAAAGUUACUGGUUGGGGUUGGACUCAGUACGGAGGGCCGAUAUCAGAUCUAGGUCUAAUGAUGACGCACUUGAAGUUCGUACCUUCGAAGGAGUGCAGCCGACUUCACAACCUGAAGAUAGGGAAGGAUAUGUUCUGUCUAUAUGGCGAUGGUAAACGGGAUACUUGCAAAGGCGACUCGGGAGGAGGAGUCCUCUGGAAAGGGUUAAUAGUAGGUAUAACGUCGCAUGGUGACGGAUGCGCAAAAAAGCACAAGCCAAGCGUGUACGCCAAUGUUUGGUACUUCAGGAAGUGGAUAGAGCACAACUUGUACAGAUUCUUCGACAUUAUGUGUAGGCGACAAAGAUUAAAAUUGGGUGACUAAUAAAAAAGUAAAACAACAGAAC